GUCUGUGAAUAACGUAAACACGGUAGACACGCUCUGCGAGUUUACAUAAGUUUUAUUGUGAUUUCGUGAGAAAAUCAUGCCGAAAACAUUAAAGAGUGGUGAGAGAAUGAUGGUGUUAAAAGUGAAAGAGUUUUGUGAACGUGAAAAACGUAACGAGGCCCCAAUAAUUCCAUUAAGAUGUGUACAAGCUCGGGUCGCCGCCAUUACAGGUAUAUCUGAAAAAACAGUGUCGAAAAUUACUAAGGAAGGUAAAGAGGCAGCUUCAACAUCGAAAAAAGUAACAACACCGCGCAAAAGUUGUCUUCGACGAAAAACUCAUGAACUAGAUGAUUUCGAACGCUGUGCUAUAAGGCAUAAAAUACACGAAUUUUAUUCUGUAAGAAAGGAAUUACCAUCAUUGGCGAAAUUGUUACAUGAAAUGCGAAAGGAGAUAAACUAUAGUAGGUACAAACUAUAGUCGCACCACUUUGUGGAGAAUUAUAAAAGGAAUGGGAUUUUAUUUUAAAAAAUGUAAAUCAAAAAGAAAGGUUUUGAUGGAGAGAUAUGACAUUGUCGCAUGGCGCCAUCGCUACCUGGAGGAAUUAAGAAAUAAUCGUCUAGGAACUCAGCGGCCAGUCGUGUAUUUAGACGAAACAUAUAUACACGCCACAUAUUGCGCUGGAAAAUGUUGGCAAAGCGAAACUGAAGAAGGUGUUUUAUCUUCUGAUUCCAAAGGACCACGAUGGAUCAUUGUUCAUGCAGGUGGCACCAUGGGCUUCAUAUCAAAUGCUCAACUGAUUUUCAGAUCUCAAUCGAAAUCAGCGGAUUAUCACGAUGAA